AUGGCGGUACUUGAGAAGCUGCAUCGAAAGGUCGUGGAUAUGGGCCUAGUGCCUAAGAUCAUCUUCUCGCUUGCGAAGAUUUCCUAUGUCACUACGCUACUGAGCGUUGCAUGGUUGACCUUGUUCUUGCCGAUGGAGGGCCAGUACCGCAGAACCUACAUUUCAGAAAAUGCGCUCAUGCCUUCGCAGGCAUACAGCUACUUCCGAGAAAGCGAGUGGAAUAUCCUGCGGGGGUACCGCAGCGAGAUCGAUGGCAUGCGUACGUUGACGGCGGAUGAGCGGAACCGCAUAGUGGCUAGCUGGAUGGAAGAAUACGGCGCCAAGGCUGCAGUGUACAAUGACGACCGCCACGGGGAGACUCUAUACGCAGUGCUACACGCCACCAGAGGGGAUGGGACGGAAGCAAUGGUGCUUGCGGCGCCGUGGGAGACCGUGGAGGGCCAGUACAACACAGGAGGCGUUGCACUAGCCGUCGCGAUGGGCCGGUACUUUUCGCGGUGGCCUGUCUGGUCGAAGAACAUCAUCAUUGUGCUGAGCGAAGAUCCGCACGCGUCAUUGCGGUCGUGGGUACAAGCCUACCACACGAAGCUGGAUCUGACGGGUGGCUCGAUUGAGGCUGCGAUCGUGCUGGACUACCCUGGGACUAAUGACUACUUCCAGCACGUGGAGAUCAGCUACGAGGGUCUAAAUGGUGGGAUGCCCAAUCUUGAUCUGCUCAAUGUCGCGGUACACAUCACCGAGCAUGAGGGCAUGAAGGUUGCUCUCCACGGGACGCCGUGGGAAGAGCUAGGAACAGACACUUACUUCUCUCGGAUGCGGCUACUACUAAAGGGUAUCAAGGAUAUGGCUCUCUCUGGAAUUAAGCGUACUAGUGGCAACGAAGCCUUUAGUGGUUGGCGGAUACAGUCAGUCACGCUGAAGGCGCGGGGCACGAACGGUAGCUUCGACAUCACAACGUUCGGUCGUGUACCGGAGGCUAUGUUCCGCUCCGUCAAUAAUUUGCUGGAAAAGUUCCACCAGUCCUUUUUCUUCUACUUGCUGUUGGCACCGAGAUAUUUUGUCUCCAUUGGAAGCUAUCUUCCAGCGGCCGUCGGGCUCUCUAUCUCGUUCGCCGUAAUGGCAUGUGAUAGCGUCUUAAACAAUGAAUUUGCAUCUCUGCCAUUGAUUUCGAUAUACAAUAUCUGGGCCUUGUUGGCGUUUUCGGUGGCCUUGUUGGUCUCAGCAAUUACCGCUGAGGUUUUCUUCUACCUUCCUGCUCCCGCCUUGCUGCUGGCGUUCAACGUUGUGGUCAGCUUCAUGCCAUUUGCAUUGGUCAAAUAUAAGAUACAGAAGCCGUUUUCUCACCGUUUCAAGGCUGCUGCCUAUCUUUAUUUCUCUACGGUACUGAGUUCCCUACUCGUCAUGAACUUUCAGCUGGCCUUCAUGGUCGGAUUGCUAGCCUUCCCUAUGACAUUCGUCAGGACCACCGUGCAUGCAUCAGUAAGGCAGAAAAUGAAGAACUCACUGUUGCUCCUGUUGUCAAAUCCCUUUAUCUCUAUAUGUGUCUUUGUGCAUUUAUUUGAGCCAGAACUAACUGGUUUCUCAGUUUUCUACUCCCUCAUCGAUGCGUGGAACGAUUUGGGAUGCUGGACCUGGUAUGUCUUAUGCUUAGGAUGGUAUCCAGCUUGGAUAAUGGUUGCAUAUUCCAGCAUUGACUCUGUACCUAUUGCAGCCCCGGCGAAGAAGUCGUCGUAA